UGCUCUUACUGUUUCCGGUCUAACCGUCUUUUCUCCAUCAACCUAAUCUUUAACAGUUCUAAUUUAUUCAUUUCUGUGAAUGUCUAUGAUGGUAUGCAUGUUAGGGUUUGGAGGCAAUUCAGCUACUAUGUUCUUCCUUAUAUUCGCGAUUCUCGCCAACAUCAUUGGUGUGGCAUCGAAGUUUGCUGGCGGCAGCCAUAUAAGGUUAUGGAGGAAUGAGAGCCUUGCAUCUGCAGCUUCUUCAGCUCUCGUAGCUUGGGCCAUCACUGCCCUUGCAUUUGGGUUUGCAUGUAAAGAGAUCGACAUAGGAGGGUACAGGAGAUGGAGAUUGAAGGUUUUGGAGGCCUUCAUAAUAAUACUCACUUUCACCCAACUUCUCUACCUGCUAUUGGUCCAUGCAGGAAUCUUCAGCAGCAAGUUUGGUCCCGGGUAUCGUGAAACCGAUUACACGGUCGGGGCACCCGGCACGGAUCCGGGUCACAAGGAUGGUGUGAGUACUAGGGUAGUUUAACUAGCUUGUGAUAAGAAUAUUAAUGAAUUAAUCAUGUAUUAAUUGAAAGUAAGUCUUUAAUUAUGUGUUAAAGUCUCUAUCUUUACCUUUUCCCCUUCUUUUAGUUGCUUUAUU